AUGUCCUCGUCCACCAACAACAGCAAAGUCAUCCUCAUCACAGGCGCCAACACCGGCCUCGGCUACGAAACCAUCAAAGCCCUCCUGCGCUCUCAAACCCCCUACCAAAUCGCCCUCGGGAGCCGCAACCUCCAAAAAGGCGAAGAAGCCCUCACCGCCCUUCAGAAAGAAUACCCCUCCGAAACGCGCACCACCCCCUUAAGCGUCGUCCAAAUCGACAUCGAAUCCGACGCCUCCAUCCGCGCCGCGGCCUCCACCAUCACGCAGCGCUACCGCCGUCUAGACGUACUGAUCAACAACGCAGGCGCGAACCUCGAAAACGAAGCGCAGGAAAAGGGCUUCGACCACCGCGAGACCUGGCUCCGGAGCUGGAGCAUCAACGUCGCCGGACCCCAAAUAACCGUCAAGGAAUUCCUCCCCCUCCUGCUGAAAUCCUCGGAUCCGCGCAUCCUCUUCAUCAUCAGCGGGACGUCGAGUCUCGCGGAUACGGAGCGCUUCGAUGGGUCUUAUGGGAUUAUCAAUGCGAGUCCCGAGGCCGGGUGGCCGAAGAAGAAGACGGUGAAUCCGACGCAGAUUUAUCGGUCGUCGAAGUGUGGGUUGAAUAUGUUGAUAAGGGAUUGGAAUCGCAUUUUGAAGAAUGAUGGCGUGAAAGUUUUUGGGGUGAGUCCCGGGUUUUUGGCGACGAAUUUGAAUGGGAUGGGCCCGGAGGCGCUGAAGAAGAUCGGCGCUCUGGACCCAUCCGUCGGCGCAGAGUUCAUCACAGAUGUCGUCCAGGGGAAGCGAGACGCGGAUGCGGGCAAAUUGAUUCGAAAGGAUGGGAUUCAGUCUUACUAG